UGUUGAGUAAUUCUCGUUCAUGAUUUAUUAUUCAUGGUUGUUCAUGUAAUCGUGUGAUCGUGCGAUCGAAAGAUUUUUGGAUGAGAAUCACAAUCUUUUAAAUAAAAGCAAUGGCUCAUAUUCCUUCGGAAUUGGUAUCGCACUCGCGAAAAGUGUGUAGUUUAUACAAACGUUCUUUGCGUUGUCUAGCGGAUUGGUAUCACCAACCACACAGUUACAGGUUUCAGGCUGUUUUAAUGAGAGAACGUUUUGAUAAAAACAAAGAUAUAAAGGACAUGCGUCAUGCAAAUCAUUUGCUGAUAGAAGGAGAAAAAGAAUUAUUUUCUAAAAUGCAUUAUCAACCAAUUAAGUUUGCCAAUUCAAUCACAGGAAUUGCAUACAAUAGAAAAGGCUAUGCCCCAGACUGGCUGUUAGAUUACUGGCAUCCUCUGGAGAAAGCUAUGUAUCCAAAAUACUUUGCACGUCGUGAAGAGAUGAAAGAUGAAUAUAUAAAGUGGUACAACACACAGUAUCCAGAAGUAGAGGAGAAAUUAGAAGAAGGGAAGAAACAUUAAAAUGAUUGUUAAAUAUAUAUAUAAUAUCAUUGUGAACAUUUAGUAUAUUGCUACAAUCUGUUGUAGGAAGGUUCGCUGAGUUUAAGACUAACUAGUGGGUGGAGGCGGCGGCGGUGGCUGCGCGAGCAAAGUUGGCAAAGUGUUCAGGUUGAGGUCUAUACCCGGUGGUGCAGGAGUUUGUUGUUGUGGCGGAGGCGGUACUGGAGCAGCUGGCGGCCAGCCUCCCAUCUGCUGAUGCUGCCAACCUGGG